AUGGCCCAACCACCUUCAUAUAACGCCCAUGACUCUGAAGAACCUCCUGCAUAUCAACCUCCCACUACCUUCCUCAUUGGUAUUCAUAAGAUCGAUACCUCGCUCGUACAGGUUAAGGACCUGAAACUACACCUUGCUCUGCUCCGUGCGUUCACUGAGCUUCGCGCACAAGUCGAAAACCAGACUGGUGAUGCGGCUGUUCAUUUCCCGCAAGAGGUCAAGCAGCUAAGCCCCGAGAGGCGAUGGACCUGGUUUGUCAACCUGGCCGUCGAGAGAUUCGAACGGUGGACCCAGUACCUCCCGCGUACUCCAACGAAGGACGCCGACUCUCGGUGGGACCUAGAGAAUGCGCCGCCACUCGAUGUUUGGCUCGUUUGGCACGCUUAUCUCCUCAAUCCUCGAUGCUACGCUGAAGAUACGCGGCGCGUGUCCUCUCUCGCGUAUCUUGGGACACUGCACGCUCAUCCCGCCGCCUUUAUCUCCGCACUUGAGCGCCUGGGGGAUCCGACUACCCUCACCACUGGUGCUUCUCAGGAGCGCCGUGACAUCUGGCAGAAGAGCACCGGUCUUCCUUUCGAUCCAAUCGAAUGCACUUCGAUACUCACCACGCAGACGCUCGAGUGCCCCAACUGUGGACAUGUCAACGAAGCGCCGUACAUCACCGAGGAUGGGACUGGCUUUGCCCAGCAGCAAUUCUCUAUCUCAUGCAAGGAAGACGGAUUCACUAUCACUCGCGAGGCUCUGGCCGUUGCACGCUUAAGCAAGGAUCUUAUUGCUGAUCAUUCGGAAGCGGAGAAGUCGGAAGAUCCCACCCCGUUCCUCGCGAACUCUCUACGGACGCCCAGGAAGGAAUUCGAUUUCCCACGAGCCAAGGUGAUCAAGUACGCCUUCCUCGGCGCUAUACCGGCCAUCGCAGACAUGGUGAAGAACGCCAAAGGAGCGGACCCCGAACUGGCUCGAUCCGUGGGCCGCGAGCUAGGAUGGAACUGGACGGCUCUGCAAGACACUUCGAUGUAUAAGUCGCGACGCCGACUGAUGCUUAGGGUACUCACGGCCUACAACGACCAACGACCUUUCUCGGUCGAGCUCGUCGGCGCGGUCCUUCGCCAGGGUUCCUUCGUGGUAAAGAUGACGGACUUGGGAUGGACUGCACCUGGAUGCUUCGAAGCAUCGGAGGACGAGCGAGCCCUGCACCACGCGUCGGCACGCUAUCACGCUUUCUUGGACUUGAUGGCUUCUUCUCCUGAUGCUUUCUUCGUACCUACACUCGAUAUCGACUUGGCCUGGCACACACACCAGCUCUCCGCGACCGCAUACAACUCGGAUUGUCUGAGGCUCAUUGGUCACUUCGUGGACCAUGACGAUAAGGUUGAGGAAGUUCAUCUUGCGGACGCCUUCGACGUGACGUGCAGGGCUUGGAACGCCAGGUUUGGGGUGCAAUACAUGCAUUGUGGCUGUCCACUCCCCGGCGCAACAGUCGGUCAGCGACUCUCGCGCCUCAUCCAACGGGGGAAUCAUGCUCAGGGCUCGGCUCUCCACUCAUCCGCUGCGGCUGCGACGCACCCCUCCGACCACAACAGCGUCUACGUCCCAGGUGCGACUACGGAUGCCGCACUUGCGGAGCAUACAGCAAAACUCGCCAAGCGGCGCGAGCGCGACUUGAAGCUGGUACAGAAAGGGAAGAUGACUCGCGAGCAGUAUGACCAAGGCGGCGUGCACGCCGCGGCGUUCUUAUACCCCGUACCGAUUUGGUACACCAUGGCGGGUUGCGCUGUUGGUGCUGGUGGUGUUGGGACCUUUGGUUAUGCAGGAUGCGCUUCGGGUGGAGGGGCUACCUGCUCAGGUGGGUUCUCGUGCGGCGGCGGAGGUGCCGCUUGCAGUGGUGGUGGAGGUGCUUGCGGUGGUGGCGGCGGCGCUUGCGGAGGCGGAGGUGGGGGGUGCGGGGGAGGCGGUGGCGGUGGCGGGUCCUAA